UACAAAUACAGUGAACUCACACUGUUUGACAACGAAUCUAUGCAUACCAUCAAUAAUAAAAGCCAAGAGAAAGCAGCACCGCAAUCAGAGGACAGAGAGGAGGCAGUGAGAGCAGGAGGCGAGAGGGAGAAAUGGGAAGAAAGCCAGGUUGUUCAAAGGAUGGUCUCAACAAAGGAGCGUGGACACCUCUUGAAGAUAAAAUGCUUAUGGAUUAUUUAAAGAUCCAUGGUGAAGGCAAAUGGAGCAAUAUUGUCAAAGAAACAGGACUUAAGAGAUGUGGAAAGAGCUGCAGGCUUCGUUGGAUGAAUUAUCUGAGACCUAAUAUAAAGAGAGGCAACUUCUCUGAUGAUGAAGAAGACCUCAUUAUCAGGCUGCAUAAGCUCUUAGGCAACAGAUGGUCUCUGAUAGCAGGAAGACUUCCUGGACGAACAGAUAAUGAGAUAAAGAAUUAUUGGCACACCACUAUUGCUAAGAAGGCACAGCAUAGGCAACUCCGGGGGCAGCCGAAAGUCGAUAGGAAACAAAUAGCAUUGGGAUCUCAAAAUGGGGCAGCGUCAAAUUUAAAGAAUCAGAGCACCAUUGAAUCACAGUGCUCUACCGGGAUGGUUGCUGCCACUACUACAUUACAGGAAAACACAGCUCAAGAUCAUCAAGAUAGUAUUGCAAUCCCAAAAUCCACCAAAAGCGACUUGCAACUUGAUAUGCCUAAGACAAAUGAAAAUGAAUCAUCAAGCAAGGGGUCUCAAAAUGGGGCAGCAUCAAAUUUCAAGAAUCAGAGCACCAUCGAAUCACAGUGCACUACCGGGGUGGUUGCUGCCACCCCUACAUUACAAGAAAACACAGCUCAAGACCAUCAAGAUAGUAUUGCAAUGGCAAAAUCUACCAACAGCAACUUGCAAUAUGAUAUUCCUAAGACAAAUGAAAUUGAAUCAUCAAGCAAGGGGUUGGCAUCUGGGGAGGAUGAUAAUUCAUCCAACAUUAUGAUGUAUUACGAUUACAUGGAGGACUUCAGCAAGAUUCUUGAUUCAGACUUCACAAAGUUUAGUGACAUCCAUGAUAUUAUUAGCACUGACCAUCAUUCCAAUAACACCAUUGAGGCAAACGGCGAUCAUCAUGGUGUCUCUAUUAACGGAUGCAAAUCAAGAGAAACAGCAGAGUUUCCUGGGAAAUUAUUGGAGUCGGAUCAUUGGUCUAGUAAUAAAUGUAUUCAAGCUGACCAAGGUUUUGAUUUCAUGUCAUUGCUUUCAUUUCUUGAUUCAACCGAUGACGAAUGGACAGCAGAUGCUUUAGGUACUAAAGUACUUUAGGUUGUUUUUAUGUCCUCGUUUUUGAAGAAAUCUUGAGUCCGAAUCUCAGCCUUGUAACGCAAAAAUAAAUAAAACAAAGAAAAGCGUCUCGCAGUACUGUGCAUCGAUGUGGUACAAGAUGCUGUAGCUGAAUAUGAUUGAACUCUUUAGUUA